AUGGAUGGAUGCAUCGAUCUGAUAUCCGAGAGCCCCCUGCCUGUUCUUGCCUUCUUGGCUAGUCGCUCUGUAGCACAAUUUUAUAACAAAAUUUAUAUUAUUGUCGCUUCUCCCGUCUGCGCCGAUCCUUCCCUCCUUCCUUCCUUCCUUCCUUGCAUCUCUCGGGAAGCAGAGGCUCUCCCAACGUCAACUCCAAUGGAAACCUACCACGGUCUCGUUCGCACUCCCGCGGACGCCAUCAUUCUCUUCGAAGCCUGCCGGUUAGGAUUGCUUCCUCGCGUGCAACGUCGCCUGUCCGAAAAGGAACGACAAGCUAUCAAGUCUGGCUCAGUAUUUGUGUGGGACGAACGUGAAGCGGGUAUGCGCAGGUGGACGGACGGCAAAUCAUGGAGCGCCAGCCGAGUCUCAGGCAGUUUUCUUACCUAUCGCGAAAUGGAGGGCAAGCGUGGAGGCGGCGUCUCGACAUCUCGAAGCGAAAAGACUCCCGACAGUCGAGGAAACAGCGACGACGACAGGGAUGGAUCAGAAGAUGGCCCAGAUGGAUACAGAUACAAACCAGACGGUCUCAUGAAACAGUCUUUUAGCAUCACCACGUCUACAGGGCAACACCUACACCUCAUCAGCUACUACGCUCGAUCACAUCCGACAGCCCCUAAUUUCAACCAGCCUUCUACAGAUCCCGCUCUACGCCAUAUUCGCCCACAAAAAGGUCUUUAUCCAGAGUCAACAGUCAACGAUCAGCAGAACCUCCCCGUCGUGACCCGAGGCCCAAUGCCCGGCACUAUGACACUGUCUCCUCAUAUGCACAUGGCGGGCUAUGCCCGAAACGGCGCUACUCACCCACAGUCGUACGUUCCGUUGUACAGCUGGCCUCCAACUCCCUCAGCGACUCCGCCAGCCGCCACUGUUCCAUACCAUCCUGGACCGAAUUAUCUCCCACCUCUCGCUGCGCCCUCGCCUUAUGGACAACAACUACCACCACAUCCACAAGCUAUCGCUGUUCCUCACCACCAGCUUCCCACACCAUCGGAGAGACCACUACAUCUCGAAACAACGCUUCCCCCACCCGUCCCCUCUGGCACUGUCUCGGCACCUGGUUAUCCUGGUUACACCCGCUCGCCGGGCAGUGGUCCUAUGUCUAUGGAGGCUCAAAGGGUACAUUCGCCCAGUUAUGCAGUCAAGGCGAAUCUCCCUGGACAGGUCGACCCUCGCCUUAUGUCUCCUCGGUCUCAAAAACAGGCAAGCUCCAGCAGUGAAAACAGGCCCUCCCCUCGGCAACCUCUAACGCCUAAUCAAUCACAUCUACCACCACCUCAUGAAAAUCAUGCAACUAGAACGACGGUGCCCAGUAUCGGAACACUGAUGAGUGGCCCUCCUACUUCACCUUAUUCGAAAUUGAACGGCAGUCCAAAUUCUCUACGCGUGGACGGUCCAAAGGACAUCCCGACAGAUAAGAUUGGAUUUGGUGGAGAAGAUAUGCGUGCUCUACGACAAUUGGAUCGGGUAUUUACAGCUUAGGCUUUCUGUCCGAUUCCGAUUACAACUCAAAAAAGCAGUUAUGUAUUUUGUUUUUGUUUUGUUUUGGUUUCAAUGGGUGUUUUAACUAGCCUACGGGCUCAUGGGAACGGCGUUUAUGAAUCUGAGACAUUUGCUGGGGUUUGAACUUUGCAUGGGCGGUUCUGGUUUUCCAAGGUUUUACGGGGAUUUUUUUUAUUCAUACAGGGGUAUUUCGUAUGUAUGUAUAAUCACAGGACGGCUGUUUGAUUGUUUCGUCCGUGACUACAUUUGUUUUUAGCAUUAGCCAGUUUCUACUGUGUGUAUGUGUGCAUGAUUCCCUUGCCUUAUUGUUU